GACAUUUACAGUCACAGCGGAGAGCAGCCUGCCGGGGCAGCUUAGAUCCGGGCCCCAGCCAACAAGGAGCUUGAAAAAUGUCAACCCUGGAAACGCAGUUUGGAAGCCAUGGGGAAUGCAAGGCCAAAGUGUGAACACAGUUGCCUGAAUGGUCUUGCUUCUCUUUCUGACUUGCCUGGUUUUCUCCUGCCUGACCUUUUCCUGGCUAAAAAUCUGGGGGAAGAUGACAGACUCGAAGCCGCUCACCAACAGUAAGGUGGAAGCCAAUCUCCUUUCAAGCGAGGAGUCCCUUUCAGCCUCAGAGCUGUCAGGGGAACAGCUGCAGGAACAUGGCGACCACAGCUGUCUGUCCUACAGAGGUCCCAGAGACGCCAGUCAGCAGAGGAACUCCCUGCCAAGCUCAUGCCAGAGGCCUCCGAGGAACCCACUGUCUUCCAAUGACACCUGGCCCUCCCCAGAACUCCAAACCAACUGGACAGCCGCCCCGGGCCCAGAGGUUCCAGAUGCUAAUGGGUUGUCCUUCCCAGCCAGGCCCCCGAGCCAGAGGACAGUAUCCCCCUCCAGAGAGGACAGGAAGCAGGCACACAUCAAGAGACAGCUGAUGACCAGCUUUAUCCUGGGCUCCCUGGAUGACAACUCCUCUGAUGAGGACCCUAGUGCCGGCUCCUUCCAGAACUCCUCCCGGAAGAGCAGCAGGGCUAGCCUGGGCACUCUGUCCCAGGAGGCUGCAUUGAACACAAGUGAUCCUGAAUCUCACGCGCCUACUAUGAGGCCCAGCAUGUCUGGACUCCAUCUGGUGAAGAGAGGCCGAGAACACAAGAAACUGGACCUGCACAGAGAUUUCACCGUCGCGUCCCCAGCCGAGUUUGUCACUCGGUUUGGAGGCAACAGGGUCAUAGAGAAGGUGCUCAUCGCCAACAAUGGCAUCGCUGCGGUCAAGUGUAUGCGCUCCAUCCGCCGCUGGGCCUACGAGAUGUUCCGUAAUGAACGUGCCAUCCGGUUCGUGGUCAUGGUGACGCCCGAGGAUCUGAAGGCCAACGCAGAGUACAUCAAGAUGGCCGAUCAGUACGUCCCUGUCCCAGGAGGACCCAAUAACAACAACUAUGCCAAUGUUGAGCUGAUCAUAGACAUUGCCAAGAGAAUCCCUGUACAGGCCGUGUGGGCUGGCUGGGGCCACGCUUCGGAAAACCCCAAACUUCCAGAGCUGCUGUGUAAACACGAGAUUGCUUUCCUAGGUCCCCCCAGUGAGGCCAUGUGGGCCCUGGGAGACAAGAUCGCCUCCACCAUCGUAGCGCAGACACUGCAAAUCCCAACCUUACCCUGGAGUGGAAGCGGUCUCACAGUGGAGUGGACGGAGGACAGCCGGCACCAGGGCAAAUGCAUCAGUGUCCCCGAAGACGUUUACGAGCAGGGCUGUGUGAAGGAUGUGGACGAAGGCUUGCAGGCAGCAGAAAAAAUAGGAUUUCCUUUGAUGAUCAAAGCCUCCGAAGGCGGAGGCGGGAAAGGUAUCCGCAAGGCUGAGAGUGCAGAGGACUUCCCGAUGCUUUUCCGACAAGUGCAGAGUGAGAUUCCGGGCUCGCCGAUCUUUCUAAUGAAGCUGGCCCAGAACGCACGGCACCUGGAGGUCCAGGUCUUGGCAGAUCAGUAUGGAAACGCGGUGUCACUGUUCGGACGGGACUGUUCCAUUCAGAGGCGGCACCAGAAGAUCAUUGAGGAGGCUCCGGCCACCAUCGCCGCGCCUGCCGUGUUUGAGUUCAUGGAACAGUGUGCUGUCCUCCUGGCCAAGAUGGUGGGUUAUGUGAGCGCGGGGACUGUGGAGUACUUAUACAGCCAGGAUGGCAGCUUCCACUUCCUGGAGCUGAACCCACGCCUGCAGGUGGAGCAUCCGUGCACUGAAAUGAUCGCAGAUGUCAACCUGCCUGCUGCGCAGUUGCAGAUCGCCAUGGGCGUGCCCCUGCACCGACUGAAGGACAUACGGCUUCUGUACGGAGAGUCCCCCUGGGGAGUGACCCCCAUUCCUUUUGAAACCCCCUUGAGCCCUCCCAUUGCCCGAGGCCACGUCAUUGCAGCCAGGAUCACCAGCGAAAACCCAGAUGAGGGCUUUAAGCCAAGCUCGGGGACAGUGCAGGAGCUGAACUUCCGCAGCAACAAGAACGUGUGGGGUUACUUCAGCGUGGCCGCUGCUGGGGGCUUGCACGAGUUCGCCGAUUCCCAGUUUGGGCACUGCUUCUCCUGGGGCGAGAACCGUGAAGAGGCCAUUUCGAACAUGGUAGUGGCUUUGAAGGAACUGUCCAUCCGGGGUGACUUCCGGACCACUGUGGAGUAUCUCGUUAACCUUCUGGAGACCGAGAGCUUCCAGAACAACGAUAUCGACACGGGGUGGCUGGACCACCUCAUCGCUCAGCGGGUGCAGGCAGAGAAGCCGGACAUCAUGCUUGGGGUGGUGUGUGGGGCCUUGAAUGUGGCAGACGCGAUGUUCAGAACCUGCAUGACGGAAUUCUUGCACUCCCUGGAAAGGGGUCAGGUCCUCCCUGCUGAUUCUCUGCUGAACAUUGUGGACGUUGAAUUGAUUUACGGCGGCAUCAAGUAUGCUCUCAAGGUAGCCCGACAGUCCCUGACUAUGUUUGUCCUCAUCAUGAACGGCUGCCACAUCGAGAUCGAUGCCCACCGGCUGAACGAUGGGGGGCUGCUCCUGUCCUACAAUGGCAGCAGUUACACUACGUACAUGAAGGAAGAGGUUGACAGUUACCGGAUCACUAUCGGCAAUAAGACUUGCGUGUUUGAAAAGGAAAACGACCCCACUGUCCUGAGAUCCCCCUCGGCUGGGAAGCUGAUGCAGUAUACGGUGGAGGACGGAGACCACGUGGAAGCUGGGAGCAGCUACGCGGAGAUGGAGGUGAUGAAGAUGAUCAUGACCCUGAACGUGCAGGAGAGCGGCCGGGUGAAGUACAUCAAGCGGCCAGGGGUUAUACUGGAGGCUGGCUGCGUGGUGGCGAGGCUAGAACUCGAUGACCCUUCAAAAGUGCACGCGGCCCAGCCGUUUACUGGGGAGCUCCCUGCCCAGCAGACUCUGCCCAUCCUCGGGGAGAAGCUACACCAAGUGUUCCACGGCGUCUUGGAAAAUCUGACCAAUGUCAUGAGUGGCUACUGCCUGCCCGAGCCCUUCUUCAGCAUGAAGCUGAAGGACUGGGUCCAGAAGCUCAUGAUGACGCUCCGGCAUCCCUCCCUACCUCUGCUGGAGCUACAGGAGAUCAUGACCAGUGUGGCCGGCCGCAUCCCCGCCCCGGUGGAGAAGGCAGUCCGCAGGGUGAUGGCCCAGUACGCCAGUAACAUCACCUCCGUGCUAUGCCAGUUCCCCAGCCAGCAGUGCUGGGCCUCAGGCACGCUAGGCAAGCACUCUACCACUGAGCUACAUCCCGAGCUCCUGAAGAUAGCCACCAUCCUGGACUGCCAUGCCGCCACCCUGCAGCGUAAGGCGGACCGAGAGGUCUUCUUCAUGAACACACAGAGCAUCGUGCAGCUGGUCCAGAGAUACCGCAGCGGGACCCGUGGCUACAUGAAGGCUGUGGUGCUGGACCUCCUGAGGAAAUAUCUAAACGUGGAGCACCAUUUUCAGCAAGCCCACUAUGACAAGUGUGUGAUCAACCUGAGGGAGCAGUUCAAGCCGGACAUGACCCAGGUGCUGGACUGCAUCUUCUCACACUCCCAGGUGGCCAAGAAGAACCAGCUGGUGACCAUGCUGAUAGAUGAGCUGUGCGGCCCAGACCCCACCCUGUCAGACGAGCUGACCUCCAUCCUCUGUGAGCUCACGCAGCUGAGCAGAAGCGAGCACUGCAAGGUUGCCCUCAGAGCCAGACAGGUCCUGAUCGCCUCCCACCUCCCCUCCUACGAGCUGCGGCACAACCAGGUGGAGUCCAUCUUCCUGUCCGCCAUCGACAUGUACGGCCACCAGUUCUGCCCAGAAAAUCUCAAGAAACUAAUACUUUCAGAAACGACCAUAUUCGACGUCCUGCCCACUUUCUUCUAUCACGAGAACAAGGUUGUCUGUAUGGCGUCCCUGGAGGUUUACGUGCGGAGAGGCUACAUCGCCUACGAGCUAAACAGCCUGCAGCACCGGGAGCUCCCAGAUGGCACCUGUGUGGUGGAGUUCCAGUUCAUGCUGCCCUCUUCCCACCCCAACCGGAUGGCCGUGCCCAUCAGUGUCUCCAACCCCGACCUGCUGAGGCACAGCACAGAACUCUUCAUGGACAGUGGCUUCUCCCCACUGUGCCAGCGGAUGGGGGCCAUGGUGGCCUUCAGGAGAUUUGAAGAAUUCACCAGGAACUUUGAUGAAGUCAUCUCCUGCUUUGCCAACGUGCAGACAGACACUCUUCUCUUCAGUAAGGCGUGCACUUCCCUGUACUCAGAGGAAGACAGCAAGAGCCUCCGAGAGGAACCCAUCCACAUCCUGAAUGUGGCCAUCCAGUGUGCCGACCACAUGGAGGACGAGGCGCUGGUGCCAGUCUUCCGUGCCUUUGUACAGUCCAAGAAGCACAUCCUUGUGGAUUACGGACUCCGAAGAAUCACAUUCCUUGUUGCCCAAGAGAGAGAAUUCCCCAAGUUCUUCACGUUCAGAGCGAGGGAUGAGUUUGCAGAAGACCGGAUUUAUCGCCACUUGGAGCCUGCCCUGGCCUUCCAGCUGGAGCUGAGCCGGAUGCGCAACUUUGACCUGACCGCUGUGCCCUGUGCCAACCACAAGAUGCAUCUUUACCUGGGAGCCGCUAAGGUGAAGGAAGGGUUGGAGGUGACCGACCACAGGUUCUUUAUCCGAGCCAUUAUCCGGCACUCAGACCUGAUCACCAAGGAAGCCUCCUUCGAGUACCUGCAGAACGAAGGUGAGCGGCUGCUGCUGGAAGCCAUGGACGAGCUGGAGGUGGCGUUCAACAACACCAGUGUGCGCACUGACUGCAACCACAUCUUCCUCAACUUUGUGCCCACAGUCAUCAUGGACCCGCUCAAGAUCGAGGAGUCGGUGCGUGACAUGGUCAUGCGCUAUGGCAGCCGUCUGUGGAAGCUCCGAGUGCUGCAGGCCGAGGUUAAGAUCAACAUCCGUCAGACAACCUCAGAUAGUGCCAUCCCCAUCCGCCUCUUCAUCACCAACGAGUCUGGCUACUACCUGGACAUCAGCCUCUAUAGAGAAGUGACGGACUCCAGAUCCGGAAAUAUCAUGUUUCAUUCCUUUGGCAACAAGCAAGGUAGCCUGCAUGGGAUGCUGAUCAAUACACCCUAUGUCACCAAGGACCUGCUCCAGGCUAAGCGAUUCCAGGCACAGUCCCUCGGGACCACCUAUGUGUACGACUUCCCAGAGAUGUUCAGGCAGGCUCUCUUUAAACUGUGGGGCUCCCCAGAGAAGUACCCCAAAGAUAUCCUGACAUACACAGAGCUGGUGUUGGACUCUCAAGGUCAGCUGGUGGAGAUGAACCGGCUUCCUGGUUGUAACGAGGUGGGCAUGGUGGCCUUCAAAAUGAGGUUCAAGACCCCGGAGUAUCCAGAAGGCCGGGACGCCGUUGUCAUCGGCAAUGACAUCACCUUCCAAAUCGGCUCUUUCGGCAUAGGGGAGGACUUCCUGUACCUGCGAGCGUCUGAGAUGGCCCGGACAGAGGGCAUCCCCCAAAUCUACCUGGCAGCUAACAGCGGGGCCCGUAUGGGCCUGGCUGAGGAGAUCAAACAGAUAUUCCAAGUGGCUUGGGUGGACCCAGAGGAUCCCCACAAAGGAUUUAGAUACCUGUACCUGACGCCCCAAGACUACACCCAGAUCAGUUCCCAGAACUCAGUGCACUGCAAGCACAUCGAAGAUGAAGGCGAAUCCAGAUACGUCAUCGUGGAUGUCAUCGGGAAGGAUGCCAACCUGGGUGUGGAGAACCUGAGGGGCUCGGGCAUGAUUGCAGGAGAAGCUUCCCUGGCUUAUGAGAAAACGGUCACCAUCAGCAUGGUGACCUGCCGCGCCCUUGGAAUCGGGGCUUACCUGGUGAGGCUUGGCCAGCGGGUGAUCCAGGUGGAAAACUCCCACAUCAUCCUCACCGGAGCCGGUGCUCUCAACAAGGUCCUGGGAAGAGAGGUCUACACGUCCAACAACCAGCUAGGUGGCGUGCAGAUCAUGCAUACCAACGGGGUCUCCCACGUCACCGUGCCAGAUGACUUCGAGGGGGUCUGCACCAUUCUGGAAUGGCUGUCAUUUAUACCGAAGGACAAUCGCAGCCCGGUCCCCAUCACCACUCCUUCUGACCCCAUCGACAGGGAAAUUGAAUUCACCCCAACCAAAGCUCCCUACGACCCCAGGUGGAUGCUUGCAGGCAGGCCUCACCCAACUCUGAAGGGGACCUGGCAGAGUGGAUUCUUCGACCAUGGCAGUUUCAAGGAAAUCAUGGCACCCUGGGCCCAGACUGUGGUGACGGGACGAGCAAGGCUGGGGGGCAUCCCUGUGGGAGUGAUUGCUGUGGAGACUCGGACUGUGGAGGUGGCUGUCCCCGCUGACCCUGCCAACUUGGAUUCUGAGGCCAAGAUCAUCCAGCAGGCGGGCCAGGUGUGGUUCCCGGACUCGGCCUACAAGACGGCGCAGGUCAUCAGGGACUUCAACAAGGAGCGCCUGCCUCUCAUGAUCUUCGCCAACUGGAGGGGCUUCUCCGGAGGCAUGAAGGACAUGUAUGAGCAGAUGCUGAAGUUUGGCGCCUACAUCGUGGAUGGUCUCCGCCUGUACGAGCAGCCCAUUCUCAUCUACAUCCCUCCCUGUGCGGAGCUCCGUGGGGGCUCCUGGGUUGUCCUGGACUCCACCAUCAACCCCCUGUGCAUAGAGAUGUAUGCAGACAAAGAGAGCAGGGGGGGUGUUCUGGAGCCGGAGGGCACGGUGGAGAUUAAGUUCCGGAAGAAAGAUCUGGUGAAAACCAUAAGGAGGAUAGACCCAGUGUGUAAGAAGCUCGUGGGACAGCUGGGGAAAGCCCAGCUUCCCGACAAGGACCGGAAGGAGCUGGAGGGCCAGCUGAAGGCCCGGGAGGAACUGCUGCUUCCCAUCUACCACCAGGUGGCAGUGCAGUUCGCAGACCUGCACGACACCCCGGGCCACAUGCUGGAGAAAGGAAUCAUUUCUGAUGUGCUGGAAUGGAAGACUGCCCGCACCUUCUUCUACUGGAGGCUGCGCCGGCUGCUGCUGGAGGCCCAGGUGAAGCAGGAGAUACUCCGAGCCAGCCCCGAGCUGAACCACGAGCACACACAGUCCAUGCUGCGACGCUGGUUCGUGGAGACUGAGGGCGCUGUCAAGGCCUACCUGUGGGACAGCAACCAGGUGGUGGUCCAGUGGCUGGAACAGCACUGGUCAGCCAAGGACGGCUUGCGCUCCACCAUCCGUGAAAACAUCAAUUAUCUGAAGCGGGACUCUGUCCUCAAGACCAUCCAAAGUCUGGUCCAAGAACAUCCAGAGGUCAUCAUGGACUGCGUGGCCUACCUGAGCCAGCACCUCACGCCAGCCGAGCGGAUACAGGUGGCUCAGCUGCUGUCUACCACGGAGAGCCCAGCUUCCUCCUGAUGAGCAACUCUGGCCAUCCCCAGGACCCUGGACGGUGGGAUGGCCAUGCGGCAGGCCUUCGAGGGACACGGGCUUAUUUUGGGAAAACUCACGGAGCCACUCCAAAUGUAGCUGCGGUUCCUGACCAGCGACUUCUGGACAGAAGGCCCCUGGGCCCCUGCUAAGGCGGGCCCAGCCUCUCCUCACCUGGGGACUUCAGGGUUUGUCCCAGUGGAUAAUUCUGCCACUGCCUCUCUGAGGCCAACUGAACCAGGCACACCGAGUUCCUUGUGGUUUUUGCCUGAGGUGGGGAUCCGGUGUCUGAUCACAAGACACUUGUUCUACCACGUUGGUUUGCACUCAGCUCCUUGUGUCCCUCAGCCGAGUAAAUGGGCCAAAGAGAACGCCAGAUGAGACCCAAGAAAACGUCUUUUUGUGAUGAGGCUUAUUAGACACUUAGCAAGAGCAAAAAUGAUUUCCUUUUUUGUUGUUGUUGUUGUUUUUCAUUUAAGAGAAUAAAGUGACAUUUUAUUCUCCAAGUGGCCCUAGUGAGUCAGGACAACCAUCUGUCCCAUUAGAGAGGUUCUCCAGAGAUAAAGGACAAACAGACAGGACACCUAGCAUUCAGCAUGGCUGGAGGAGAGUUACUGCCUCGGUUCCCAGGCUCUGUAAGCCCUCUCUUCCCAAGUGGAGCAAGGACUGGACCUCCGUGCCUCCUGCAGAUUGGCCACCCACAGGGUACUGAGUGCCCUACUGCCUGAGUGCAGAGAGGCUGUCCCUCACCCCUCCCAGAACCUCUGGCCAAUAUACUUCCUCACCUUGUGCCUUGAUACCACGGCAGGAGCCAACAGCGCUGGACCAGUGACCCAGGGCUGUGCCUCGAACACUCUGGAUCCGCUUACAGAGACUUUCCCAGCACUGCCAGGCACCGCAGCAUCAGGACCCGAAUGAGAUGCUCCGGCCAGGGGUGGGGUGGGGAUGUUGGGGUAGUGGAGAACCCCACUCUGUCGCUGCCCUUCUUGGGGGAUAAAGGGUUCUUCUGGGCAAGGUCCUCUUGAUGUGGAGGAAAGCCCAGACCGACACUGGCUGCCACCCUGACCACUUGGGUGCGCUGAAGAGGCUGCUGAAAGAGCUGCAAAAUAAACUAUUUUUUUUGAAGGAA